AUGGCUCCAAUGGGAUCGGAGAUAGAACAGUUACGGGACUCUGAUGCCACUGAAGAAUUGGAGAAGCGCUUGAGAAACCGCAUCGAAUUCGGAACAGCGGGUCUACGAGGCCGCAUGGCAGCAGGGUUCUCCUGCAUGAACUCUCUGAUAGUCAUACAAGCCUCGCAAGGCCUAGCCAAGUUUAUCCGUGAUCAGCGUUCUGACAUCGCCUCACAUGGUGUAGUCAUUGGCCAUGAUGCGCGUCACAACUCUAAGAAAUUUGCCGCACUCGCUGCCAACGCUUUCAUUGCGCAGAAGAUUCCGGUUUUUCUGUUUGACCAGGAAGCACCAACGCCACUGGUACCGUUCGGUGUGAACUAUUUCCAUGCCGCUGCGGGUAUCAUGGUAACGGCGAGCCAUAACCCAGCUCAAGAUAAUGGAUACAAAGUAUACUCGAGCAAUGGUGCGCAGAUUAACCGACCCGAAGAUGGAGAAAUUGCGCAGUCUAUCAAGGAGAACCUUGAACCUUGGCCAACAGCAUGGGAACCACUGCAGCCAGGCGAAUACUUGCGCUCGGAUUCAUACCAGAAACUUCUUCCCCACUACAAAGAGCAGGUUGGGAAGUUCAUGAGAUCCACUGUAGGAGACUGGAAGCCCCCAAAGCCAUUUGUCUACACUCCUCUUCAUGGUGUUGGAGGCCUCGUACUACCGGAGUUGUGUCACUCACUUGGAAUCGACAAUCUUGCGCCUGUUGAAGCCCAAGAGAAGCCAGAUCCGGACUUCCCCACUGUGAAGUUCCCUAAUCCCGAGGAGAGCGGCGCGUUGGAUCUCGCUAUCGAAACUGCUGAUAAACAAGGAAAGACAUUGAUCAUCGCGAAUGACCCGGACGCUGAUCGGUUUGCUGUAGCGGAGAAAGUAGACGGAAAAUGGCAAUUAUUGACUGGAAAUCACGUUGGAGUCCUACUGGCGUCUCAUAUCUUGGAUUCCUAUGAUGCCGACAAAGACUGGUCUCACAUCUCUGUCUUGACAACCACGGUUUCGAGUGGUAUGCUUGCCAGAAUGGCAGCUGCAAAGGGCGUUCACUUCAAAGAGACCCUUACGGGCUUCAAAUGGAUGGCCAAUGUUGCUCGGGACCUUGAGAAAGAAGGGAAGACUGUUUCAUUUGCUUAUGAGGAAGCCUUAGGAUACAUGUUCCCAUCCGUCUGCUAUGACAAGGACGGAAUUACAGCGGCCACAGUAUUCCUUGCCGCAGAAGCGAAAUGGAGAUCACAGGGUUUGACUGUGUUUGCCAAGCUUCAGCAACUCUUUGCAGAAUUCGGCCACUAUGAGACCUUGAACAAUUAUUUCCGAUCUUCCGACCCGAAGCUCACUUCAACAUUAUUCCAAGGGAUCAGAAAGGGCUCUUACCUGAAAGACAUGAAAUUCGGCCGUUUCAAGAUCCUACGGUGGAGAGACUUAACGGGAGGCUAUGACUCUAGCACUCCUGAUAACAAACCUGACUUGCCUGAAGAUCCCACCAGCCAAAUGUUAACUCUGUGGCUGGAGGGUGGUGUUCGCUUCACAUUCCGAGGCUCGGGCACAGAGCCGAAGGUCAAAUUCUACAUUGAGAGCUGCGGCGAUUCUCGUGAAGAUGCCGUAAAGGCAGUUUGCGAAACGUUCCUUGCUAUUCAGAGAGAAUGGGUUGAACGUUUCACGCCUUCGAUGUCAUACAGCAAGCAGCUUUCUACGUCAUCGGGUCAUAUCCUAAAUGUGGAGUGA